UGUAAAGGCUAAGGCUCGGCUCUGCGACUCCAGGCCCUCGGUGGGAUUGAGCCUCCAGAAGCCGCCUCCCGGAUUUCACCAGCCCCGGCUGGCCGGGGGAGCAGCGGGCAGCGCUGCGGGGCGGCACCGGGGGCGGCGCCGGGGCCAUCCCUCGCCUUCCCCCGCCUUCCCUCGUCCCGGCCCCGCAGCCCCGGACUGGGAGGCGCUGGGAGCGGCUGGUGCGGGGUGCCAGUUCGGCCAGGCAUGGCCACCCAGAUGUUCGAGGGCAGAGGGCAUGCGGCCGUCUACCAGAAAUACAGGUUUGCACCGGGCAAAGAGCUGCAGCAGACCAUCCUCUCCUACCUGCGGGAAAAGAAGGCCAUCCCUGCGGAGCUGGCGGUGGACGUUGGCUGUGGCUCUGGACAAGGCACCCACUUCCUUGGGGAGCACUUCAAGAAGGUGGUGGGCACAGACAUCAGCGAAGCGCAGAUCCAGGAGGCCAAGGAGAACCCCUGCAUGCCCAACAUCUCCUACCUCGUGUGCCCUGCGGAGGAGCUGCCCUUCCAGGAGGCCUCCGUGGACGUGCUGACCUCCUUCACGGCCGCGCACUGGUUCGACAUCGAGCGCUUCAUGCGCGAGGCGCAGCGCGUGCUGCGGCCCGGCGGCUGCGUGGCCAUCAGCACCUACACCCUGGACAUGAGCCUGCGCCACGGCCACUGCUCCCAGCAGCUCACCAAAGUCUUCAGGGAGUGCUGGGACGAGAUUUUAAAAUACUCAAAUAAUAGAGUAAAAUAUGUCUUGGAUGACUACAAAAUGAUCUUUGAGGCCUUGCCAUUCCCAGACAAGAAGAGAAUCACUGAUAUCCACGACCCAAUUCCCAUGACUGUUGAGGGUGUGGUUGGUUACAUGGAGUCCACCUCUUCAUAUCAAACCUUUAAGAAGAGUGACCCUGCAGCUGCAACAUCCCUCCUCCAAAAGACGGAAAAGAGGAUGCUGGAGACAAUGGGAGUUUCCUCUCGUGAGACCCCGGUGGAGUUCUUGGUGAGGCACGUCUGUGUGCUGGGGUGCAAGGGAUGCUGAGAGAGCAAACCCUUCUCCUGAUCUGCUGCUCCAGUGGAAGGUGGAUUGUCUCCUAAAACCCUGCUUGUAACUGCUCUUACUCCCUGGGAAGAUUACUGCUGAUUUUGCUGAUUGAAAUUUUGGUCUCCUGUGGAAAGCAGAUGGGGUUUUGUGCCCCUCAGCUUUCUGUCCACCUUGGUCCUGCUGUCUGCCCAGUGCUGCUCCCUCAGCACUGGAAGUGCCCAUUGUGGAUCGCUGGUUUAGUAACACGUGGGGAAGAGAAUCACAGGAACAGCUGAGAAACUCACUGCACAAUUUCUUACACAAUUGAUAACAAUUAAAAAAGCAAGCUGAGAAAA